CUCACACUGGCGGAGCCACACAGUAGCGAAACGGAAGUGAAGAAGAGCAAGUUCAUAGCCCAUGCCUGGCCCUGCUCGUCCGCCGAUGAGGCAGCGCAGCUGAUCGGCUCGCGGCGAGACCCUUCAGCCUCGCACAACUGCUGGGCCUACAAGGUGGGGCAGCAAUACCGCAGCAGCGACGACGGCGAGCCGGGCGGCACUGCUGGCCGGCCAAUACUGGCGGCGAUAGAGGGGGAGGGCCUGGAUGGUGUGGCGGUGCUGGUUGUUAGGCGAGUGCGAUUCUACGGCGGCGUCAAGCUGGGGGCGGGCGGCCUGGUGAGGGCAUACGGCGGCGCGGCGCGCGACUGCCUGCGAGCGGCGCGCAAGCAGCAGAUGACGCCAUUAAUGGAGCUGCGAAUGCAGGUCCCUUUUGAAUUGUUAGGACCUGUGUACCCGCUUCUGGAGCAGUACGGCGCCCAGAAGCAGCAGGAGAGCUAUGAUGCAGCAGAAGGAGUCAACUUGGUGUUCAGCCUUGAGGCAGGGCGGGCCGAGGCGCUGCGGAGCGCCAUCGCUGACGCGACCAGCGGACGUGUCGUGGCAGAGCCGGCGGUGUGA